AUGGCUUCCCGGAGAGAUGGCCCCAUGCCUCCCCAGGCUGACCUCUCUCCUUCAGUUCCUUGCAGCGGACCCCAGACCCCGCCGCUCCGCCAGGACAACUCUGUUUCUCCGCUCCCCAGCACACAAGCUGUUUACCUCACAGCUCCUCAGGGCGCCGCCAUCUUGCAUCGCAGCGCUUCCCUCUUCCGUCCUUCUCCUUCCGCCGAAGACACAAAAAAAAUGCCUCGCUCCUUUUUGGUGAAGACAAAGAAGACUCAUAGCUACCAACAGCACCGCUACAUAGAUGACAGGUCGAUGCCCGGCGAUGACCCAGUCCCAGCUUUAUGUCAUGAUCAGCACUCUAAGGAUCCACCAGAAGGACCUCUACUGUGCAAUGACGUCAAAGAAAACAGCCCCGAAGACCUGGCCAUGAACAAGUCUCACCAAGAAGAUGAUAAGGGGAAGUCAACAUUCCUGACUAAAAGUAACUCAAACCCGUCCACUCCAGGCAUUUCCCUGUCCUUGCUUCCUCUAAAGACCUACAGUUCUCCCGCUUUGUCUGCCUUCUACAAGCAGAACUUCUCCUGGGACUCCAUACACUCAGCAUACAGCUUCAAGCACAUCCCAUCCCAUCUACACCCCUCCAUGCUGCAGCACUCCAUAAACUUGUACAAUAGUUCCUCUACGGCUGACUCAGUUUAUGAUCACCCUCUUAAUUACAGCAUGGGGUACACUUCAGCCAUGGAAACCUAUCACUGUGUUAAGUGCAGCAAAGUCUUUUCUACGUCCCAUGGUCUUGAGGUACAUGUGCGAAGAUCUCACAGUGGGACCAGGCCAUUUGUUUGUGAUAUUUGUGGAAAGUCAUUUGGUCAUGCAGUGAGCCUGGAGCAGCACCUGAAUGUCCACUCACAGGAAAGGAGCUUCGAGUGCAAAAUGUGUGGAAAGACGUUUAAGCGCUCCUCUACCUUGUCUACCCAUCUGCUUAUCCACUCUGACACGCGGCCCUACCCCUGUCAGUUCUGCGGCAAGCGUUUCCACCAAAAGUCCGACAUGAAGAAACAUACUUACAUUCACACAGGAGAAAAGCCACACAAGUGCCAGGUCUGCGGAAAAGCAUUCAGUCAGAGCUCCAACCUCAUCACGCACAGCCGCAAGCACACAGGUUUCAAACCUUUCACCUGUGACCUGUGCGGUAAAGGCUUUCAGCGCAAAGUAGACCUUCGCAGACACAGAGAGAACCAGCACGGAUUAAAAUGA